UUUCUUCUGUUCAUACAAAAAGAAACGUGGAAUGAUAAAUGGUCGCCACCAGCAGCAUGGUAUAUGAGGAGAUAGUCGGUAUACGGGGCAGCUGACCCCAGCCACCGCGCACGCUUUUCACGCGCGAGAUGCCCCACAAUCUAAAUUCAGCUUCCGCCAACUCCGCCAACACGGGACCGAAUCAUCAAGCCUAUCCACAGCAGCCGUACCAUCGAGAGAAUGCAGAUGGAGUCCAGCCCGAGAAAGAACCGGUGGAAUUCGACACGUCGCAUUUGCGAGGCGCUCCAGCGGAAGUCGAGGCAUUGGUACACAACAUCAAGGAGGUCGCCCAGCAAUUCCUCUAUCACUGGCGAACGUUUCCUGUCGUCCUGCCCCCGUCGUUAUCUUCAUGCACGGAAGGCGAGGAUACGUUGGCACGAAAGAAAUACCAUCUAAGGGAUCUCUUCGUGGCGCCCAGCUUUGAUGAGCUGGACGCCGUUGCCGUGGACAGCAAGGGUGAGCCCAGAAGACUGACCAACAAACAACUGGAGAGCAUCAGAGAGCGAGGCUUACACAAGGAUAAAUAUGGAAAGCCGAAGAAGCUGAAUGCCACUCAGUUGGAGAGCAUUCGAAGAUGCGGAGAGUUCGAAGUGGACUCGAUCAACUUCGCCGGGCAGACUCACCGAUGGCGAUUGAGCGGUCUUCUACAACGCGGCCGAGACAGACGGCGGGAUGCGUUGCUCACAGAUCUUGCCUUGGCGACUAGAUUUCUCGUUGUAACGGCAAAGGCUAGAUUAGUUUCCCAUUGCUUCAGUGUCUCACAAUCUCUUAAAGCCUUGUUAACGGGACUGUUGCGACUUCUCGACAUUAUAAUCGGCGUACCGUCGCUCCAGGCACACAAUCUAGAUGCUAAAAUUAGGGAGGAACGUUGCCGAUAUCUGGUGGCAGAAUUAGUCUGUAAGCCGGAAUAUGAGGAUUCUCUGGAGCUCCUUUGUGGAUUUAUACGGAAGCAACUUCGUCGAGCAACGACGGAGAAAUUUGAAGUUGAAAGAGAAUCGUCCCAACUAUUGCCGUUUCAGUUCCUUUCGUAUUUAAUCAGAAAAGCUUUACCGACGCUCGUUACGAUUCUGGAGAGAGAGACAAGAGGCUGGUUCCUUCACUUUAGAGAAAGACUGAUAUCUGAAUUGAGAGCACAAAAGAAACCGGAUGAUGAAAUAGAACGAGAAGUUAACGAAGCGGUAAUGCGCGAGUACUUGCAAAGAGUGUACUCAAAUAUCUUGUCGCAUCCUGACAUACUCGCGCUAGGUGAGGGCAUCGCUCAGUUGUUGGUUCAACAGGCACAAUCGGUUGUGUUGAUGCACCGAGCAGUAGAGAACAUGCAACGGAAACUAUCGCAAACCAAAGAAUCUCUGCGACAUCGCAUCGAGAGCGAGCAUCCGAUCCUGUCGCGGAUACAACCGUGGAUGCGCGAUCGCAUGCGCGAGGCCGAGGAGAAUUUUAUCGAAGAGUGCGAAUGGAGUGCGCAUGAAGAAGCUCUUGCACUCUGCAGCCAUCAAAAUCUCACUCAGACCGUGUACUUUCUCAAUCGUGAUUUAACUUUCAUGAAAGAGAGAGAGCCAGUUCUCCUGAAAGAACUGCGGAAAGUGAAAACCCCGACGAGAACUUUCCAAUGGCCGACGCAAAUCUGGCUACCAAAGAACUGGAUAAUAAGACGCAAUUUUCAAGGUCAGUCCGAAAUCAUUCCUACCGUACUGAGCAAUACUCCGACUUCCAUCACGACGCCUCGCGCUGAUCCCAGUCAGCCUGUCUUUUUGGUCGAAAGAGAAAUUGUACACACGACUACGACAAGAUGGCCGAUGUGGCGCUGGAUAAAUUAUAUCGCCAGAACAUGGUGUUGGACGUGGAAUGCAAUGUUCCUGUUGGGUGUAGCCGUACCAUGGUGUAGUCCAGUGUCUUUCCGUGCUUUAUUAUUGGUACAACCAUUUACACCCGACUUGGAAUUGAGUCAACUAAAUGGAACAUUGUUCCCGAGAAAGUCAUCGCAAAUGCCUACUCUCUGUUCCCGACUAAUAGCACUCUGGAGGCAUAUCAGUAAAAGUCGAACGCACUUUGAAACUGAACCAGAUACAGGAUUCAUCGGCAAAGGUAUGACCAGACAUUUAAAUAGGCUAUGGAACUACGGUGCAAAAGGUCUGUUAGGCACCCUCAUCAUUCUAUUCGUGUUUCCCAUCAUGUGCGUUCUGGCAAGCGUUAGUUCGCUGAUUAUCGCUUUUACUGCAAUCUUGUGGAUGCCUCUGGUCACAAUGACGUUGCAUGCAUUCAUGGCACUCGUGAUGGAUCUGGAUAGUCCUGAGCCGAGCCGCAAUCGAUAUUUCGUGGUGAUGGAAGCAUUAGUCUGGAACAUCGGUAUUCAAGGCUGCCUGCAACCGAUAGCGGCGUUAUUCGUAGCUCUUGCUCUAUGUCCGGUCAUCUCAUUUGUGAUACUUACAAUUGCUGUGAUACGUUACUGGGUCAGAGUGUUCUGGGAUACGGCUAUGUUCCAUUUAGUGAUCAAAAAUAGGGGUCGGAUACCAGCGAGCGACAGCUUCGUCGUAAAGAGAAUAGCUGGGCCGGGACUAGCUUCGGAUUAUUAUUAUCAAAUACGAGCGGAACAAGCAUUGGCCGCGUUUGAAGCGAAAUUAGAGCUGGACGAAUUGCUAGCUUACCAGCAAGAGACUGAAAGAUUAAUCACUCAACCGCAGAGAGAUUUUACUCAGUUUGUCGAAGCCUGCUUUGGUCCAUUCGCUGCUAGUCUAGCCAAGACAAAGGACCCGUACAAAUCGCUAGAGAAGGAAGCCAAAGAUCUAAUUGCCGUAUUGCACGAGAAGCUGGAUCGACGAAGAAAGAAUUUGCAGACAGGCCUAGGUGUCGCGGUGAGGAGUAAGAUAAAAUUAACCACUUUCGACUUAAAGGUAGUCAUACAGCAAGGCGCACUGAUGUUAGAACGUCUCUAUCCCACUCACGUUUUCGCGAGAUUGCCUGGAAACGAGGAAGACUUUUGGGAGAACAAAGGUUUAGGGGUAUGCGACUGGGCGGGCCUGGCAGGGCUUAUGUAUGCCGACAUCUUCAGUCUGGAUUUCCUACAACCACUCGACGACUCCGAUACAAAAUUCAGAUUGGAGCCGCAUCCGGGAGUCGAUUUGUCACGAUACACGGACAUGGUACACGGUACUGAGCUUGGUGGCAUUAACGGACCCGAUUUACUCGGCGCUGUUUACGCACCACGUGGAAAUAUCCAAGUGCACAGCCCGUAUCUCGAGGUUUCUGCCUUUAAUCCGAGAGCUAAACAAGCUAGCAAUAGCAGGAAGUCUGACAAACGAUGCGAUACCAGCGGCCUGUUAACAUCGACGAAAAUUCGAAGACGCACGAUGACGAACGACAACAGCGCGGAGGGACGGUGGCAGCCGUGGAAACGCCAGAUUCAUCCGUACAGCGCGGAGAAAUUGGUGAUACCUCUACCGAUUCCGCAUCCGGCUCAUAUAGCGAUGACCAUACACAAUCGCGAUUCGGAGGAUCCGAUACCGCUCGACUCCGAACUGUGUCAGAACAUCCUUCGAGCCAUCGAGGAGUCGCCCGGCGAGAUGGCGACGGAAUAUGUGAGUCGAUACAGAGGUGGCGGUGGCGACUCCAGCUUCGACUCCGUCGCGUCGCAGUCAUCGGUCUCGAUCGACACCGGUUUGAACAAGGAGAACGAGACAACGCGAGAACAGGAGACCGCCGCGGCGAAUGCCGAAAGGGAGGGCGAGACCUACCAUUGGACUCUGUCGAAUUGGGGCGGUGGCAUAACGCGAAGACGGAAUAAUUCUGGAUCCAUAAAGGUUGACCUAGCGUCACCGGAGGACGUCACCCUCGACACAGAUACCACCAGAGUGAUGUUCAGCACGUACGGAACAACUGUCUAAAUUAAGUCCGCUGUUAUACACGUCGAAUAAAACAAUUAUUUCGUUUCGCAUUUAUAGAUGAUGUUAAAAGGAGGGGGGAGGGGGGAGAGAGAGAAAGAAGAGGAAAAAAUAACUCCUUUAGCGGACCCGAUCUUAGAGAAUAACCUUUGCCGUUUAAGACGAUGCGAUAUAAUAUUAAAUAUUCACGUUAUCCGCUCUCAACUAGAAGUAACACGGAUCGAUCGGUAUACAGAUUAAAUGUUUAAUGAUAUAUUUACGAUCCUAAUCAAAAGUAUAAAUUUGAAAAAUUCAAAGACAUUUUCGAAAGAAGAAGCAUAUUUAUGGAUUCAAUUGUAUGAAUACGUACAUGUAAUCGAGUAGUUCCCAGUGAAUUGCAAUUAUUUGUAUUGUCACAAAAUUUAAUAGCGUGAAUCUAUCAUAUUCAAAUUUUAUCUGAAGAUCUGUUAGACAGAUAUUACUCGCCGAAGCUGUCCCUUCGAUACCGAAGCUCAUAAACAGAAUUUCGAUUAUCGGACGAAUACCGAUUUAACGAGGAAUAUUAUGCAAGCGCAAUGCAAGAUUCCGAGAUUUAAUUAUUACGAGGUCGCGAUUUUUUA